UGCCUCCCGUAGUCCUAGUCCGAUGCCGGUUCGCACGAGCGACAGUCGAAGCAACGCGGGGGUCAUGUACUUUUGGUGGUAGAGCGCCCUGACCGCCUAUCACGAUGGUGACCAACAGACGCCACCCGGAGGUCGUCUCCGAAUCCUUCAGACCGUCGCUCGAGAGCUCGGACCCCGAGAGCAGCGAAGCCUCGACGAACGAGGAGCGAAAGACUCCGUCGGCGUCCUUCAUCGGCGGCCUCCUGGUCUGCGUCGUUCUGCUCAUCAUCCUCGUCCUCGCCUACAGACACGUCACCAAGAAACCGAGUGAAGCCGGAGUACUUCCGCACGAUCCGCUCCAAAAGAACCUCGAACAGAAGCCGGAGACCGAAUUAAAGCGAUCGUCAGCGAGGGAAGCAGCGUCGACUACAACACCGAGAACCUUCGGCUUCGUAUACAACGUGCCGACUGCCAGGCCGGCUCCUCCGGCUCCAGUUCCAACCGACGACCGGCCAGUUUCCGCAAAAGAAACAACGAAAGGUGGAUGGGCAUUUCUUGGCAACCUGCUUACGACAGCGAAAAUUCCUGGGGAUGGUGGCACUCAAAGUUCAAGGCCAAACUCGCGUUGCCUCGUGGGCUGGCUACCGUGCGGCGACGGGAUGACCUGCGUGCAGAAGGAGAACGUGUGCGACGGCGAGCCGCAGUGCCCGGAUGCGUCGGACGAGCGCGACUGCAUUCGGCUGGGCUGCCAGAAGGACAUGUAUGCCUGCUCGGUGGACGGCGUGACGCGCUGCCUCAAGAGAUCUCUGGUGUGCGACGGCGUGGCCGACUGCGACGACCACGAGGACGAGAUGCACUGCAAUCAGACUGUUCUCAACGCGAGGCCUGGCUUCUUCGAUGACAGCCCCUUGGACCUAGACGACAAGAACGACGUUCCAGCCAUCAGGGACGUCGGUGGGCGGGGUGACUCCACUCUUCCCCCGCUGAGAAAUGGGACAGAGGCUCUGCCUCUGCCCGGUGUCGGCUAUCCGGGGAACUCCACGAAAGAGACUCGUCCCCCGCCACCGGUUCCUGUGGACGGAAAGUGCCGGCCGACCGAGUUCUCAUGCUUAGCGACCAAGACCUGCGUGCCGUCUCAGUGGCGCUGCGACGGUACCGCUGACUGCGAGGAUGGUUCGGACGAGGUCAACUGCACGCGGCGAGUGUGCCUGGAGCCGUUCGUGAGCUGCGCCGACCAGAGCAGCUGCGUUCUCAAGAAAAAGUUCUGCGACGGCAAGUUCGACUGCAAGGACCACUCGGACGAGCUCGGCUGUACGAAGUGCGCACCGCCGCUCAUCAAGUGCGCCACGGUGAACCGCUGCAUCGACAAGGCGGCCGUGUGUAACGGCAUCAACGAGUGCGAAGACCGCUCCGACGAGCAGAACUGCCGGCCACGGAAGUCGGUUCUGGCCGGAAGAGAUGCAAAAACAGCGGACUCGAGCGACUGUCGCAGUCGCGAGUUCACGUGCAAGUCGGGCCACGAGUGCAUCCCGAUGCGUUGGGUCUGUGACGGCAGCGAAGACUGCGAGGACGGAUCGGACGAGGAAAUGUGCCCCAGUUCGUCGCGCACCAACCAACUGGCCGGCCUUCGCCGUCGAAAUGGAAAAGCUCACCGAAGGCGAUAUUUCAUUAUCGACGACAAGGGAAACAACCUGCCCUUCCGUAGUGCUGGCAGUUUCAUACCUGAGGAUAAAGGAAGCCUGCCUUUACAGAAUGCGGACAAUUCCAUACCUGUACAAAACUCGCCGGUGUUUAUUCCGGUAAACAAAGGACCCAGCUCAGGAAAGACUGGCGAGCCAUCCGAACCGGUGGAAUACGAGGACGUGGACGACGAGAAGUUUCACGAAGAGGAGGCAGAUAGCGCGCUGCACACCGACGGCAAGAAGGGCCAGCACCGCGUAGUUGAGGGCAACGCCGAAGAAGACGACAUCUCGGAUUACCACGUGAGCGAGAAGGAAAAGAAACAAGGCAAGCCUACACUGAUUGCUUUUGAGUGUCCGCAGUAUAAUCAAAAGGCAAACAAAACAAAUAAAACAAACGGGGAAACAAAAACGAGUCAUUCGCGUUAG